GGCAGGGUGGGGCGGGGCGGGGUUCAAGCUGGGGCUGGGCUGGCGCUACGGCCGGAGAUGCUGUCGGGCCGCGACUGCGCUCGGCAGCCAAGAACUCUGCAUUGAAGGCACCGGGGUGAGACGCACUGCCCGGUACGGUGGUAGGUACGCGAGGGCUGAGGCAUCCGUAAAUCUGGCCGCCAGCCUCCGCGGGCCUGGCAUUUGUCCGUCCUACUGGGCGCUUGCGGCUCGGCAGCGACGGCGGCCGCGCUGGGACAUGGGGGCGGGGCCGGGCACCUGUGCCCGUUUGCAGGCACCUGCUGCGCUGGCCGCUCACUGCCCGGCACUGCUGCUGGGGGCUGCGGCUCCAGCUGGGCCGGGCCGGCUGAGGGAGAGAGGCGGGCCCUGCUGGCUCGCCCCGGCCAGUGCCCACCGUCCCCGGCUGGGUCCCGAACCGAGCCUUGGCUAAGGGGGUGUCGCCGAGUCCCAGAGCCCCUCACUAGAGGGGCCUGGGAUUCCCGGGCCAGCUUCCAGCUAGCUGCAAGUCCAGGACAGGGCCCCCGCCUUGCAUCACCUUGAGACAGGUAAAGUGAAUGCUGAAGACAGAAGAUUUUGAUGACAUACCACUGAAUUUCUUUGUUUGGAAUACACGUUAUGAACCCUUUCUGGAGCAUGUCUACAAGCUCCGUACGCAAACGAUCUGAAGGUGAAGAGAAGACAUUAACAGGGGACGUGAAAACCAGUCCUCCACGAACUGCACCAAAGAAACAGCUGCCUUCUAUUCCCAAAAAUGCUUUGCCCAUAACUAAGCCUACAUCUCCUGCCCCAGCAGCACAGUCAACAAAUGGCACGCAUGCGUCCUAUGGACCCUUCUACCUGGAAUACUCGCUUCUUGCAGAAUUUACCUUGGUUGUGAAGCAGAAGUUACCGGGUGUCUAUGUGCAGCCAUCUUACCGCUCUGCAUUAAUGUGGUUUGGAGUAAUAUUCAUACGGCAUGGACUUUACCAAGAUGGCGUAUUUAAGUUCACAGUUUACAUCCCUGAUAACUAUCCAGAUGGUGACUGUCCACGCUUGGUGUUUGAUAUUCCCGUCUUUCACCCGCUAGUUGAUCCCACCUCAGGUGAGCUGGAUGUGAAGAGAGCAUUUGCAAAAUGGAGGCGGAACCAUAAUCAUAUUUGGCAGGUAUUAAUGUAUGCAAGGAGAGUUUUCUACAAGAUUGAUACAGCAAGCCCCCUGAACCCAGAGGCUGCAGUACUGUAUGAAAAAGAUAUUCAGCUUUUUAAAAGUAAAGUUGUUGACAGCGUUAAGGUGUGCACUGCUCGUUUGUUUGACCAGCCUAAAAUAGAAGACCCCUAUGCAAUUAGCUUUUCUCCAUGGAAUCCUUCUGUACAUGAUGAAGCCAGAGAAAAGAUGCUGACUCAGAAAAAGAAGCCUGAGGAACAGCACAAUAAAAGUGUUCAUGUUGCUGGCCUGUCAUGGGUAAAGCCUGGCUCAGUACAGCCUUUCAGUAAAGAAGAGAAAACAGUGGCGACUUAAGAGAUGGUGAAUCUGGUGCACCAUGCACUUUCCUGCUGGACUCUGGCCUAGUUCAAGCUGACCAAUGGCAGAGGACUGCCUGAAGAGUAAAGCUGUGUGAACAAUGACUGACUGCCAGUGUUUUCCAUGUAUGCAUAGGUUCUAACAGCAGGUUUUGGAAACCUCUCUCUAAGUAAUGCAUUACUUCUGUCAGAAGUGUCUUAGGGUGGUUAUCUAGUUCAGUACUCCAAAUUAUUGGGGACCUUGAGGCUUAAGUAUUUUUCUGAAUAUAAUGCUAAAGGUAAGUUGCAUUCAUUUAAACUAAUAGAGCAGACAGAAUUCAGCACUACUUAAUAGUUUGUAAAUCAGUGGUUUCAGUUGUAUAUAUGUUAGGAAACGGAGAGAUAUAGAGAGAGCAGGUUCCAUAGCUCAGCACUUUUAAGUGGAAGAUUAUUUGAAUCUCAAGUCUUCAGCCUGCACUGAUUUAUAGCCUGCACUGUCUUACGGAUUUAUAAACUGAAAUCACUGAGAAAUGUCUUUAGUUGAGUGAGAAGAAACCAGAACACUUGUUCCUAGUGUUGUGUUGUUUUUUAAGCAAAUUACUCACUGUAUUUUUAUGGCAGGAGGGAGAAAAAGUGUUAAAAUGGUUUCUAAUGAAGUCAGAUAUUUAAAUGAUGAAUGACUAAUGUGUUUAGUAGAGACAAAAUAAACCAAUAAAUGACUGUUCUUUGCCAUUUAUACAAGAAACUACCCUUUUCUCAAUAUAACCAAACAAAAGCUAAUUUAUAAAUGCUUUAUUGAAAAAUACACUUAUCUUCAUAUAAAAUUACAGUAGCGGUAAGUAUCUUGAGAGGUUUUAUAAAUAUUUUUGCAGAACACUAUUCUAAUUGAACAGUGUAAGUUCCAUUAUUUUUCUCAGAGCAAUAUGAAGUUACCUAGUAACUUUGUUUAUACUGAUUCAAUUUACAAUUGAAUUUUCUCCCUUAUAAGAUUAUUAAUUUGACUUGAAAACUGCUGGAACAAUAGUGAUUAAUAAAGGUAUGUAUAGAUAAUUGAACAGCUGUUAAAUAACAUUUUCUAAUUUGUGUAAAUGGUACUAUGUACUAAUCAAAACCUAAAUUCUCCAACCAAUUUUUUUAAACUGCCAGGAACACCCAAAAAUAUUUUAAAAUAUAUCACCUUAAUAGACAUAUCUUUUAGAUAACUCCCUCCAAAAGGCCGAGGUCAUAAUUUUUCAUAUUAAUUGCCUCAAUUCAACUUGAUUUAAAGUCUUUUCUUAGCUGGUUGAUUCCUAUGUAACAAAAAAACUGGAGAAUUUAAAACAUAUUCCUAAAAAGGUGGCCAUAGGGGCUUUAACAGUUUAAAAAAGUACAAAAGCAUUAAAGAAA